UUGAUAAUACAGAUAAUACAGAUAAUUCCCAUAUACCCCUUGGCAAGAUUUGACCACUGUUAACCCUUUGCCACAUUCACUCUUACUCUUUAUCAUAUUAUUUUUUCCGAACUGUGUGACCAUAGGUAGUGUGCAUGCUGUCCUUUUACCACGUCACAUUUAUAUAUUCUGACAAGGCCAGUCUUGGAUUUUCAACGGUAGUUCAGUUACCGAGUAAAGGAAAUUCAAUACUGAUCUGAUAGAAUUCUCUCCUCCAGUCCACUUUUGGAUUUCUCUCUUUUUCCCGAUAUGUCCUUCCUUCAUUGAUUUUUCUCCAGUCCAGGAUCCAGCCCAGAAUCCCUUACUGGGUUUAGUUAUUGUGCUUCUCUGUUCUCCCUGAGUCAGGACCGUUUGGCAUUGUUUGAAGAGUGACCAUUUCCUGACAGAGUCCCCUCAAGCUGGGCUUGUCCGGCGUAUCCUUGUGACUCGGUUUAGGGGCCGUGGCAUCGGCAGGGUUGUUCACUGGCGACGUGUGCUGCUCCGUGCGGCGCGUUGGCGGCAGCACGUCCACCUGUCCCGUUAGCGGUGAUGCUCACUUUUGAUCUUUCGGUUGAGGUGGUAUCCGCCAGGUUCUUCUACUUAAAGCAUAAUUAUUUUUCCUUUCAUAAUAAGCAGUGUGUGGGGAAGUAACUUGGAGACUCGGUGCACACGACUCCCUGUCAAGUCUGUGCCCGCAGUGGGUUUGACCUGGCCGCGGCCGUCGGUUUGAGCUGGUCAUUGAAGUGGCACUUGAGGCUCAAGUACGGAACGGCGCAGGCUCCGUGCUCUGGAGGGCGUCUGCUCCGGCCGUUGGGUUCCUUCGCGUCAGAGAGGGUCUCGUGGUGAGCUGGAACCCGUCUUCCGAGACUUGCACGCGUGGCUGCAGACUCUGCUUUGUACCACGUGAGAUAAGCCCGCUCCGUUUCCCUCUUGAGCGGUCCUUCAGAAAGCGUUCCUUUGGGGCUUUUCUCCAGGUUUCUCACAGUCCUAUCUUGUGACAGAAGAUCUUCCUGAACUUGUAGCCAGCCCGUUGGUUGCACGGUGGCCUUCAUUCAUUAGCGCCACCCUUCCCGUGGGGGCCACGUCCGGUUCCCGUUCUCAGUGUGGCUCAUCAGGACGCGGGACCGCUGUUGCUGUUGCUGUGAUCUUAGCUGAUACCUGAAGCCCCAGGCUUCGGAGACCAGUAUGUCUGGAUGCAAGGCCUGUCUCUGCCUCUUAGCUCUGUGAUUUUCAACAAGUUCCUAGCGUCGCGAGACUCCUCAUGUUGCAUAAUCUGUACAGAGUUGGUAAUCACUGCGCCCACCUCUUCAGAUGGAAUGAGGAGUAAGCAUGCGUGUAAACCGUCAGGACGGGGCCUCCUGCACCGUGCUCAGCCAUCAGACGUUUAUUGCUGUCACUGUGCAGAGAGCAGACUCCGGUGGUACAGCCUGAGAUUUGUUCCAUCCUCGUUAGCGGCUGUGUUUGAUGGUAGGCUCCCUCAGGAAGCUUAAGUUCUGCUGCAGCAGGGGGACACUCUGGAACACAUGCUUCAGCUCGCGUGAAAGGAAUGAAUCUGAAGUCUGCUGCGGUAAAACACUGAAGGCUUUACAAUGUUUUCUUGCAUAAAACUCAGACUUUAAGUAUCUGCUUAUGAGGCUAGGGAAGGCAGGAGGCUAAUGUGUGUCUCGAGAUACAGGACAGCUGUUUGCCCAUCGACCUCAACUGUGUGUGCAACGGAGGAACAUGGCUCAAGAAGCUAAUCACAGCCAAGUGCCUAUGCUUUGUUCCACUGGCUGCGGAUUUUAUGGAAACCCUCGUACAAAUGGCAUGUGUUCAGUGUGCUAUAAAGAACAUCUUCAAAGACAGAAUAGUAGUAAUGGUAGAAUAAGCCCACCUGCAGCCUCCGUCAGUAGCCUCUCGGAGCCUCUCCCCGUCCAGUGCGCAGACGGCGGUGGCCCCGACGCUCAGUGCCCGCUGGACUCCGCGUGUGCGUCCGCGCAGCCAAGCCCUGUAUCAAAUCAGUCACUUUUAUCAGAAUCUGUAGCAUCUUCCCAAGCGGACAGUACAUCUGUGGACACAGCCGUACCUGACACAGAAGAGCUGCAAGCUUCAGUAUCAGAUGCGGCCCAGCAGCCGUCUGAAGAGCAAAGCAAGUCUCUUGAAAAACCAAAACAAAAAAAGAAUCGCUGUUUCAUGUGCAGGAAGAAAGUGGGACUUACUGGGUUUGAAUGCCGGUGUGGAAAUGUUUACUGUGGUGCACACCGUUACUCCGAUGUACACAAUUGCUCUUACAAUUACAAAGCUGACGCUGCUGAGAAAAUCAGAAAAGAAAAUCCAGUAGUUGUUGGUGAAAAGAUCCAGAAGAUUUGAACUCCUGCUGGAAUACAAAAGCCUUUGACCAUCUGCAAACUAAAAAUUGACUUGAGGUUCUUUUUCCUAGUCCUUGGGAAUGUAGAGCAACGUACUUGCAUAGACCUUUUAAUCAUGCAUGUCGCCCGAAGAAUAGAUUUUUGUUUUUGUUUUGAAAAUGACUCUGAACAUUUAUUUCCAUUGCAGUUUCUGUGGCUGAAAAGACUUAAGUAAACUUUACAAGUAUUAUCCUUUUAAGAUCAUUUUAAUUUUCGUUGAGUGCAGAGGGCUUUUAUAACAAACGUGGAGAAAUUUUGGAGGGCCGUGAUUUUUCCAGUAUUAAACACGCAUGCGUUGAUCUCGCAGUUUAUUUUCCAUUGUGUGUGUCCAUAGCUUUUCUCUGCAGCACGAUCCCUGCCGACGGCGCCCCUCGGGGCCCGGCUAGUUACCAGUCACAGAAUGUAUCUUCAUCCUUACGGCUGCUUCUGGGUUUUCAUUAACAAAAGUUCUACAUACGUUAGCAUAUAGUUUCUUUGCACCCACUAUUUAUGUCUGAAUCAUUUGUCACAAGAGAGUGUGUGCUGAUGAGAUUCUAAGUUUGUGUGUUUUUAAUUUUUUUUGAGCGGGGGAAGGAAAAGCUGUGUGCAUUUCAUUGCCGACUGCGGGUUUCUUUCGGAUUACGCUCACCGGUCUGUGUGUACGCGGUGUGGAGAAUGAUUUGAAGUAAUUGUGCUGUAUUUAUGUUUACCCACCAGUCUUUGAUUAAAUAAAAUGGAAAACCGUAA